AUGACCUCCCUUACAAUCCUCUCCAAGGAGGAGGAGGCAUCCCCCUCCAUCUCUUUCAAUCCCGCCAACACUAUUAGCGAUAUCAACCCCCUCAUUUAUGGCGGCUUCACCGAACACAUGGGCCGGUGUAUUUACGGUGGUCUUUAUGAGCCGGAGAACCCCAACGGCCUCUCAGAUGAGAACGGAUUCCGCAAGGACGUCAUCUCGUGUUUUAAAGAGCUUCAGGUCCCAGUGGUUCGCUAUCCCGGCGGCAACUUCUGCGCCACCUAUCGCUGGCAGGACGGCAUUGGCCCCAAGGAGAAGCGGCCAACUCGGCCCGAGCUUGCUUGGGAAGGCAUUGAGCCCAACACCUUUGGCACUGAUGAGUUCAUGGCUUGGUGCAAAGUCGUGGGUGCUGAGCCGUACCUGUGCUUGAACAUGGGUACGGGUACGCUGGAGGAUGGACUUGCGUGGCUGGAAUACUGCAACGGUACUAAAGAUACUUACUAUGCGAACCUUAGAAGGCAAAAUGGUCACGAAGAGCCAUAUGGUGUUAAAUAUUGGGCGCUUGGAAACGAAAUGUGGGGACCAUGGCAAGUCGAGCAACAUUCAAAAGAGGAUUACGCAAAGAAGGCCAUCCAGUGGGCAAGGGCUUUUAAACUUCUUGAUCCGUCAAUCACCCUCAUUCUGUGUGGAAAAGACGGCUACUCAGACUGGGAUCGCUACACGCUCCAGCAGUGUAUCCGAUGGGUCGAUAUGCACUCCAUCCACUUUUACUCGAUGGGAAAGGGACACUACACGAACAUCUCGUCUGUUUACGCCGCGGAGCGUGCCAUCCAGGUUUGCUCGUCGCUCAUUGACCUCGCUCGGUGCGAGUUCGACCUGUCACACUUCCCCGACCGCCCAACUAUCUGCUUCGACGAGUGGAAUGUCUGGGAUCCUGAGCGCGCACCUGGAAACAAGGGUGCUGAGGAGCUUUAUACCCUGAGCGAUGGUCUGGCUGUCGCCAUCUGGCUCAACAUCUUUAUCCGCAACGCCAAGGAGCUCGGUAUGGCGACCAUCGCGCAGAGCGUCAACGUCAUUGCGCCCCUUAUGACGACCCCCAAGGGUGUUUGGAAACAAACGACCUACUUCCCUCUCCUACUCUUCUCCAAGUACAUGCGCGGUAAGUCAGUCUCUGUGCAUGUUCGGACUGAGGCUUACCAGGGUAAAACGUUCCCUGAGUGGGUUGAGUCCACAUGCGUCGUGCCCAAGCUCGACGUCAGCGCGGCUGUGGAUGAUGGGUGGACGAACGUCGCCGUCGUCAACACAGACGAUACGAAAAGCUUUGCAACGCAAUUCGUUGGUAUUGAGAAGGGCGUCGAAGUCCAAGUGUUUUCCAUGGGUGGUGAGGAGUUUGUUGCGACGGACGCCAAUUCCGAGGAGGAUGAGAGGAUUACCAUCAGGGAGUCGACGUGGAUCGCUACCGGAGAUGUGUACACGUUUGAGCGUCUGAGCUUUACGCUGCUACGUUGGAAGCUCUCUGCCACGCUUGGCAAUUGA